AUGGAAUCAACACCACCAAGAUUUGGCCUCGACUGUAGAAAUAGAAACAAAAAAGAUGUAAAUAUUAGAAAACAAAAAGAAAUCCUUAAAGUUGACAAAUUAAAAAAACUUGAAAUUAAAAAGUUGGAGGAUCAAAAAAAGUUGAAGGAACAAGAAGAAAAGCAUAGACUUACUUUAAUUCGUUUAGCCAAUGCUCCACCACAAACAAAUAGUAUCAAUAAUAAUAACAACAACAACAACAAUAUAAAAACAAAUCGUCCACCAUUAAUUUAUGGCGAGGAUAAAGAUAAGAAAUCUUUAUUCCCAGAACCACAAGAUUAUGAUGUUGAUGAACCAACCUACGAAACCUCGUUCUGUGUCAAACUCGGUCCAAAUGGUGUAUUCCAACAUGAACUUCGUUUCACCAAUGCCAAUGCUAGAGAGAAUUCCGACAUCCAAAAGGCCAUCGAAUUGAGUCUAAAACAAACAGAUGUCGUCAUUGUAAAGAAUCCAAAUGAUGACAUUGAAAACGACUUUGUCGUUUUCAAUGAACAACCAGAUGAAAGAGAAAAGGAAUUAGAACAUUGGGAACUUAUGGAUGAAUGUAGCUCCUCCUUGGUCAACUUUGUCACCACUCCUUACAAUUUCUCUGAAAUAGAGUUCCCACGUCUCGCCUCAACCUGUUCAACUCAAAUGCUAAAAAAGAAUUUAAAUCAAAAUAAUCCUUGGUUAAAUUCAAAAUCAUUAAUUGCAAAUAUUUCCCAAAAAUAA